AAUUUAAUUAAAACUGAUUACGGUAUUUAAUUUAAAAUGUAUCUUGCUCGAUUAUUGAGGAGUAAAGAGAUACUGCGGGUGAAGAUUCCCACAGGCAAAACGUCCCAUAGAUCGGUCACGAAGAUGACAGUGCGCGAAGCGUUAAAUAUGGCUCUCGACGAGGAGUUAGCUCGGGACGAGAAGGUAUUCAUAUUAGGAGAAGAAGUUGCAGAAUUUGACGGCGCUUACAAAAUAACGCGUGGUCUCUGGAAGAAAUAUGGUGACAAGAGACUGAUCGAUACACCAAUUACGGAGGCUGGAUUCUGCGGUAUUGCCGUCGGUGCAGCGAUACUAGGUCUAAGACCGAUAUGCGAAUUUAUGACUUUCAAUUUCUCUAUGCAAGCCAUUGAUCGUAUUGUCAAUGGUGCUGCGAAGAAUCUCUACAUGUCCGCUGGAAGAUUUCCCGUUCCUGUUCUAUUCCGAGGACCGAAUGGUAAUGCCAAAGGUUUGGCUGCACAGCACUCUCAAUGUUUUGCCGCAUGGUUCAUGAGUACGCCUGGCUUGAAAGUCGUGUCGCCGUCGACCUGCGAAGAUUACAGGGGCUGCUUGAAAGCUGCCGUACGAGAUCCCGAUCCCGUAAUCAUGUUGGAGAGUGAACUGCUUUACAGCAUUCAGUUUUCCGUGUCCGAUCAAGCUAUGGACAAGGACUACCAGAUACCUUUCGGCAAAGCUAAGAUAGAGAGACCUGGAAAGCACAUCACUCUAGUGACACAUGGCCAGGCGUACGUGUAUACGCUUCAAGCGGCCGAGUUGUUGGCAGGACAAGGAAUCGAGGCGGAAGUUAUCAAUCUACGAUCGCUGAGACCUUUGGAUUGGGACAUGGUAUUCAAAUCGAUCAGCAAAACACACAGGUUAAUGACCGUCGAACUGGGCUGGCCUAGAUGCGGAGUAGGAGCCGAGAUCGUCGCGACAGUGAUGGAAAAUCCAGUCUUCUUUCAGCUGGAUGCACCUGCGGUUCGAUGCACCGGCGUUGACGUUCCGAUGCCUUAUUCAGAGAAGAUCGAGGACGAAUGUACCCCGAAGGAUCAUCAUAUAGUUGACUACGCUAAACGCAUCUGUGGCACAAAAUUCUGAUAUAGUUUAUUGGACAAUAAAGUUUCUCACUUACUGAAAUAUCUGAUGACACUUUUGAUGUAAUGCCGUGAAACAUAUUGAUGAUGAUGAAGUGGCACUGGAUUAGCCAUCGGUAAUCUAACGGUAUUAUAAUCGGGAUACAGAGGAAAAUCUGACGAUGCGAGUUGCCCGUACUCCUGCAAUGGUAGUCGGACCACUUUGGAUAUACUAUAAAUCAAUCCAAUUAAGUAUGGUGUAAUCUCGUUCAGCUGCGAUAUAUUGCAUAUUGAAGUUUUGACUUGAGCAAUGUUGAAAAACAACGUCGCUUGCUAUGUUUCGAGAACCGUAAGAUUGUCGUACCUGUUGACGAGGAUUAUUCGACGAAUGAUCCAUCCGAUAAUCGUAUCGUGUACGUUAAACAGGCAUUUCUGUAUGUUCUGGUUUACUUCUAUAUCGAUGAUUCUUUGGAAUUUUUAUGUUAAUAUAUUCGGGUGGGCAUGCUGGUCUCUGAGCAUCUAAAAUUUUCUCCAUCAUCUGUUGACUUGUUGAGGAUACAUUUUUCCGUUGUAUUACGUUUUAUAUAAUAAUACUAUCCUAGUCUUAACUAGUUAUCAUUUAGUUCCUGAAAUUCUAAAAAACUCAACAAAUAGGAAAUAGGAAAUUGCUAUAACGAAUGUUAACAUCUAAAAAAUGUGUGUGAAA